UCUCUUGAUUCAACGAGGAGAGGAAUAGGGUACAUAACUACGUUCUGGCUCCUGUGAAGUAGCUAACGCAAACCCAUCUCACUCUGUUCACAAUGAAACCCCACAGAGUGCUCAGCUCUCGAAUCUUCAAACAUUACGCACUCAAACCCAUCAUCAUCACUGUCCAGUCUCAGAGUUAUGCACUUUUCUCUUCAGUUCCUCAAACCCAAUCCGCUUCUCCAAACAACCCUUCAAUUCCUCACACACUAACCCCCCAAUUUCUACUGAACUUAAUCCACUCUUCUCAGUGGCAUUUAAUCAAACACCUUUCACCGAAACUCUCUUCCUCUUUAACCUCUGAUACCCUCGUCAGUCUCCAUGAAACCCCAGAACUUGUUCUUCAGUUUGUCAAUCAUGUUGAGCUCAAUACCCUCGAUAUUAAAAAUCUUUGCCUUACCAUCGCCAUUCUCGCCCGAAUUCCUUCCCCGAAAUUCGCUUUACAUAUUAUAAAGCAAGUUGUUUAUGGCGGCAUUGCGACUACCAAGGAGAUUUUCGACGAGGUUGGAGGUGCGCGAGAACAGUUGAGUAUACAAAGUACCAAUGUUUUUGAUUUGUUGAUAAGGGCUUGUUGUGAAAUGAAGAGGGCUAAAGAGGCUUUUGAAUGCUUUUACUUUAUGAAAGAAACGGGUUUUAUUCCAAAGACUGAGACUUGUAAUGGUAUCUUAAGUUUGUUAUUGAAAAUGAAUAUGCUAGAGAUGACAUGGGUUAUAUAUGCAGAGAUGUUUAGUUUGAAGAUCAAGUCUAGUGUUUAUACGUUUAACAUAAUGAUUAAUGUGUUAUGUAAAGAAGGGAAGUUGAAGAAAGCAAAGGAGCUCAUUGGGUUUAUGGAGAAUUUGGAGAUUAAUCCCAAUGUUGUUACAUACAAUACUUUGAUUCAUGGGUUUUGUUCAAGAGGGAGAGUUGAAGGAGGUCGUUUGAUCUUGAAUGCAAUGAAAGCUAAAGGUAUAAGGCCGGAUUCAUAUACCUAUGGUUCACUUAUCAGUGGCUUGUGCAAGGAAAGAAGACUUGAAGAAGCAUCUGGGCUUUUCGAUAAAAUGAUGGAAAUCGGUUUGGUACCUAAUGCUGUGACUUAUAAUACCUUGAUUGAUGGUUACUGCAAUAAAGGUGAUUUGGAGAAGGCUUUCAGUUAUAGGGAUGAAAUGGUGAAGAAGGGUAUAAAACCAACUGUGUCUACUUACAAUUUGUUGAUUCAUGCUUUGUUUAUAGAAGGUAAGAUUACAGAAGCUGAUGACCUGGUUAAAGAAAUGGGGGAAAAUGGGCUAGUUCCUGAUGCCAUUACAUAUAAUAUCUUAAUUAACGGAAAUUGCAAAUGUGGGAAUUCGAAUAAGGCCUUUAGUCUUCUAGAUGAGAUGUUGAGUAAAGGGAUUGAGCCUACAAGGAUAACAUACACAUCACUUAUUUAUGUUUUGAGCAAACGGAAAAAAAUGAAGGAGGCAGAUGACUUGUUAAAAAAGAUGCUGAGUAAAGGUGUUUUGCCUGAUCUUGUGCUGUUCAAUGCCUUGAUUGAUGGUCACUGUGCUAAUGGCAAUAUGGACCGUGCAUUUAUGCUCUUGAAGGAAAUGGAUAAAAUGCAGAUUCCUCCUGAUGAAGUGACUUACAAUACUCUCAUGCAAGGGCGUUGCAGACAGGGAAAAGUUGAAGAAGCUCGUCAACUUGUGAAUGAGAUGAAAGGAAGAGGGAUUAAGCCUGAUUUCAUUAGUUAUAAUACCCUUAUUAGUGGUUAUAGUAAGAGAGGUGAUAUGAAAGAUGCUUUCAAAGUUCGGGAUGAAAUGUUGAGUAAAGGUUUCAAUCCUACACUUCUCACUUAUAAUUCCCUUAUACAAGGCCUUUGCAAAAACCAGGAAGGUGUUCUAGCUGAAGAACUUCUUAAGGAAAUGACAAACAAGGGGAUCAAACCUGAUGACAACACCUAUUACUCCCUAAUUGAGGCUAUAGGAAAAGAUGGCAACUUCGAAAAUGGUAGUGCAUCAUGAUGACUUGACCUUAUUCCCUCUAAUGUUCAGACAAGUAUGAGGUCCGAGUCCUCCUAGGAACCUACUUAGCGCUAUAGUUUCCUGGUCCCCAAAUAUAUGAUAGGCGGAUCCUAAUUCAAAAAAAAAAGUGCUUUGGAGGCAAUGCUCUAACUGUAAUUUAUAUUUUACUUUUAAAGAUGACCCUUUGACACAUGGGUUGGUGUGGAACAAGCUUUGAGAUCUUCUAUAACGCUUCCCUCCCUUGUCUAUUACUGUCUUGUCUAUUCUUUGUUAGUGCUGUGUUUUACGAAAAGUUUGUUUGUUGGACUGUAAAGUUUCUUGACAUAGAGUAAUGUCAGAGAUGGAUUUACCAAGUUGGUAAUAAAUUCAAUGAAAAAUUACUGCUAAGUGAUGCAUUACAUA